GUUAACAACGCGGUUCUUAAAAAGAUGCGUUUUGACUGUAGAAAUUUUUGUUUUUAGAGUAAUUAGGUGUCUUAGUGCAUAUUGUUAGUGUUAAUUUCUGGAUAGUUAUGAACGGAUUCUUAACCUUAAACCCAAAUCAUUAAUCAGUGUAAUGAUUUAGAAGUUUUUUCAUUAAGAAUUGUUAAACGAGGAAAAUACUUAGUGGAUUAGAAGAGUGAUACAACGUGGUGUUAACAAGUAAAUAGAGAACAAACACUCGCAAUGUCUAAAAGACGUCUUGAUAUUAUUGAUCCUUACAUCACCAAAAAUAAAAAAGCUGAAGGUCAAGUUUAUAUUAAACCUAAUACGUCAACACAGCUUCAAAAUAAUCCAUAUACAAAUCUACCUUAUACUCCUAAGUAUUUUGAACUUCAUAAAAAAAGGAUUCAACUUCCUGUUUUUGAAUAUAAAGAAGAGUUUAUGAGUUUAUUGAAAAAUAACCAAUGUAUUGUAUUAGUUGGUGAAACAGGUUCUGGUAAAACUACUCAAAUUCCUCAAUGGUGUGUUGAAUAUUCUUCAACAGUUGGUCGUAAAGGUGUAGCAUGUACUCAGCCAAGAAGAGUUGCAGCCAUGUCUGUUGCUCAACGUGUUUCUGAAGAAAUGGAUGUAUCUCUUGGUGCUGAAGUUGGUUACAGUAUAAGAUUUGAAGACUGUUCUUCUGCUAGAACUCUUUUAAAGUAUAUGACUGAUGGUAUGUUACUUCGUGAAGGAAUGUCUGAUCCCAUGUUAGAAACCUAUCAAGUUAUUUUAUUAGAUGAAGCUCAUGAAAGAACAUUAGCAACAGACAUUUUAAUGGGUGUUCUUAAGGAAGUGAUUAAACAGCGUAAAGAUCUUAAAUUAGUUAUUAUGUCUGCUACUUUAGAUGCUGGAAAAUUUCAACAAUAUUUCGACAAUGCUCCUUUAAUGAAUGUUCCUGGUCGUACAUUCCCUGUAGAAAUAUUUUAUACCCCAGAGCCUGAAAGAGACUAUUUGGAAGCUGCUAUCCGUACAGUUAUUCAAAUUCAUAUGUGUGAAGAAGUGGCAGGUGAUAUUUUAUUGUUUCUUACUGGGCAAGAGGAAAUUGAAGAAGCUUGUAAAAGAAUUAAAAAGGAAAUUGACAAUUUGGGUCCUGAUGUUGGUGAUUUAAAGUGUAUUCCAUUAUACUCAACUUUACCGCCUAAUCUUCAACAGAGAAUAUUUGAACAAGCUCCUCCUAAUAAACCUAAUGGAGCCAUUGGAAGAAAAGUCGUAGUUUCUACCAAUAUUGCAGAAACUUCUUUAACUAUUGAUGGGGUAGUAUUCGUUAUUGAUCCUGGUUUUGCUAAACAAAAGGUGUACAAUCCACGUAUUCGAGUUGAAUCAUUGCUUGUUUCUCCUAUAAGUAAAGCUUCUGCACAACAAAGAGCUGGUCGUGCUGGACGUACAAAAGCUGGAAAAUGUUUUAGAUUAUAUACAGAAAAAGCAUAUAAAAAUGAAAUGCAAGAAAAUACAUAUCCUGAAAUUUUGCGUUCAAAUUUAGGUUCUGUUGUGUUGCAGUUGAAAAAACUUGGUAUUGAUGAUUUGGUUCAUUUUGACUUUAUGGAUCCACCUGCCCCUGAAACUCUAAUGAGAGCUUUAGAACUUCUAAACUAUUUAUCAGCAUUGGACGACGAUGGAAAUCUAACUGAUUUGGGAAAUAUUAUGGCUGAAUUUCCUUUAGAUCCACAAUUAGCAAAAAUGUUAAUUGCAUCCUGUUCUCUAAAUUGUUCCAAUGAAAUUCUUUCUAUCACAGCUAUGUUAUCAGUCCCACAGUGUUUUGUUCGACCAACUGAAGCUAAGAAAGCAUCUGAUGACGCCAAAAUGAGGUUUGCACACAUAGACGGUGAUCAUCUAACAUUAUUGAACAUCUAUCAUGCAUUUAAACAAAGUAAUGAAGACCCUCAAUGGUGUUAUGAUAAUUUUAUAAAUUAUCGAUCAUUGAAAUCUGCUGAUAAUGUACGUCAACAAUUAUCUAGAAUUAUGGACAGGUUUAACUUGAAGCGAACUUCUACAGAGUUCACAUCUAAAGAUUAUUAUUUAAAUAUUCGUAAAUCUCUUACAACUGGCUUUUUCAUGCAGGUUGCACAUUUAGAAAGAACUGGACAUUAUUUAACAAUUAAAGAUAAUCAAACAGUUCAGUUACAUCCAUCAACUGUAUUAGGUCAUAAGCCUGAAUGGGUUAUUUAUAAUGAAUUUGUGCUAACUACAAAAAAUUAUAUUAGAACUGUGAGUGAAGUAAAACCGGAAUGGUUAUUAAAAUAUGCACCACAGUAUUAUGAUCUACAGAAUUUCCCUCAAUGCGAAGCAAAAAGACAAUUGGAAAUAAUUCAAGCAAGACUUGAUACUAAACAAUGGCAGGAAGGUUACUAAUAGGUUACAUAAUUAUAAAACAGAUUUUAUAAUUUUAUUAUUCCAAUUAAAUAAUAUUCAUAAAUGUAUGUGUAUAAUGGUU